CAAAAUCAUUCACAAUCAAAAUGUUCAUAGCAAAGUGUACUUUAAUCUUCCUCUGCAUCCUGCAAUCCCAAGCCAAAUUCUACGAAACAGAUGUAGGUCCAUAUGGCUACAGCCGUUACAGCACCCACGAAUACGACCCUGACGUAGGCUAUCCCUAUGGUCUUGGCUACAAGAAGUACCCUUACCAGGAUACAAUAGUUCCAAAAGUUGUUGAAUAUGAGGGUGAGGUUCCUGGACCAAUAGGACUCAAAUAUGGAGGUGCAGGAGGCUUGGGCUACCCGGCUGGAUAUGGAAAAUUGGGAUAUGGAGGAUAUGGAGGAUACGGAGGAUAUGGAUACAAACCGUUUGUUGGGGCUCCUGUUGGAAUUAGCAAAGGAAUAGGUUAUGGAUAUGGUCCAGGCAUAGGCUAUCCUCAUAUCACUCCCUACGGACCAGGAGUACUUGCUCACCAUGGACCUUACGGUAUUUCCCAAGUAGACAAAGGAAUCUACAGUGAUGGAAAACAAAACGUCGUAGGAGAACAUUACAAUCACGUGAAUGGACAUAACGGGGAAUCCUUGAACCACGGAGAUGCUGGAUACAGCGCAGGAGAAGUAGCUCUUAAGGACGUCAAGGGAGAUUCAGCCCAUUUCAUAGAUUCUGAUGGACUUAAGAGAGGACACCAUGAAGGAAAGAACUUUUAUGGUGCAGAACAUUUUGAUACUGAAGGAAAACACGGCAACGAAAGAACAUUAAACGCAAAUCAUAACAAAGGACAUAACGUUAAAGGUUUUAAGAAGUCUCAUCACUUAGACGAAACGGGUAAAACUGAGGAGUUCUAUGAUCAAGAUCAUGAUGAAGGCGGCAAUUAUGCUUUCAAUGGUAAAUUCGGAAAAUUCGGCGAAGGAGGUGGAGAAGCUUUCAAAGGAGGUUUCAAUGAUGGAAGAUUUAAAUCAGGUGAAGCAACUAAAGAAGGCCAUUACGGCAACGAGUACUUCCAAGAUAAGACUCAAGGAAACCAUGGAAAAUUCGGUGGAAACAAAUAUGCCCAAAACGAACAGGCGUAUGGACUUAACAAAGGAUUUGGAGAACAUGGCUUGACAGGACACCAUGAAAAUAGCAGAUUCUACAAGAAUUACCCGGAAUAUGGUGGAUACUACUAGACAAUUUAAAGUUUUGAAAAAAAUAGUGAAGCAGUUUUUAUAUUUUAUUUUACGAGUAAAGAGCAAAAACAGUAUACUAAAGAUCUCAGUAUUCAAUGAAUACUUGCCUGUAAAUAGUAAAAAAGAUAUAAGCCUUUUGCUCUUAUAUAAUAUAAAACUGUUUUAUUACAUUUGAUGGUCUUUGUACGCUUACCGGUUUAUGAAAUGCCAUGUGAUACUUACACUUACCUAUUAUUUAACAGCACUUAAUCUAUUGUAAUAUUUUAUCUUUAUAUAUCUAUAUAUUAAGCACGAAAUAAAUUAUGCAUUUUUA